GGAUCAACUGACAUCUUGCGUCACUUUGUGGUAACUGCUAGACCAAAGUAGACUUCUAAUAAAUAUCGCGGUAUAAAGCAGUCUUGCAGUCAUGAAGUAUCUGAGUGUGUUGCUGGUAGCAGCUUGCGUGGUCAGCUCGCUGUCGAUGUCGUUCAUUGACUUCGACGAUGAUUGGAACCAGUGGAAGAAUGAACACGGCAAGCGAUAUCUAAGCGAUGAGGAGGAAGCGUCGAGGAGACUGAUCUGGCAAAAGAACCUCGACAUCGUCAUCAAGCACAACCUCAAAUACGACUUGGGCCACUUCACCUACGACCUCGGAAUGAACCAGUUCGCUGACCUGAAAAAUGAAGAGUUCGUGUCCUUGAUGAACGGUUUCCGAGGCAACUCAUCCAAGGCGACUCGAGGUUCCACUUUCCUCCCACCAAGCAAUGUUUUCGAUCUGCCCACGAUGGUCGAUUGGCGCACCAAGGGUUACGUAACUCCUGUCAAGAACCAGCUGCAAUGUGGUUCAUGCUGGGCGUUCAGUGCUACCGGAUCUCUGGAGGGACAGCACUUCAAGAAGACAGGUAAACUGGUGAGCCUGAGCGAACAGAACCUGGUCGACUGCUCCGGCAAGGAGGGCAAUAUGGGAUGCGAAGGAGGUCUUAUGGAUCAGGCUUUCCAGUACAUUUUAGACGUUGGAGGCAUCGACACCGAGAUGAGCUAUCCUUAUACAGCAAUGGAUGGCCAGUGCCACUUCAAUAAGGCCAACAUAGGAGCUACCGACACUGGUUACACUGAUGUCACCACUGGAUCUGAGAGUGCAUUGCAGAUGGCUGUAGCCAGCGUUGGUCCUAUCUCGGUUGCCAUUGACGCCAGCCAUCAAUCUUUCCAGCUCUACAAGUCAGGUGUGUACAACGAGCCUGCUUGCAGCUCUACCUUGUUGGACCAUGGUGUUCUCGCAGUCGGCUAUGGAACCAGCAGUGAUGGAACUGAUUACUGGAUUGUCAAGAACAGCUGGGGAGCGGCAUGGGGAAUGAAUGGCUACCUGUGGAUGUCUCGUAACAAGGAUAACCAAUGUGGCAUCGCUACCAAAGCUAGUUACCCUCUCGUCUAAAGCGCCCUCAUC